CUUAAUUUCCGCAUAUCCGCGAAUAUCGAACGUCGAACGUCAAACCAACUUUAUGCCAGUGGGACAAUGCAGUAUUUGCGCGUAUUUACAUGAAAUUCUCUACAUGUCCACUUGAUGUCGCUAAUUCCCACUGUCUUUAAAAUUAUGUAUGGGUAUGGCUCUGAGCAUUCGGACCGGAGAUAAGAUCUACAGCAGCAAAAGAGAAUGGCUUCUAAGUUUUCAAAGGAGGAUUUGUCCUGUCCUGUGUGCUAUGAAAUCUUCAAGAGUCCUGUACUUCUGCGCUGCAGUCACAGUGUGUGUAAAGUGUGUUUGCAGCAGUUCUGGCAGAUAAAAGGAUUCAGAGAAUGUCCUGUUUGUAGGAAGAGGUCGACAAAGCAUUAUCCUCCCAUAAACCUGGCCUUAAAGAACCUGUGUGAGACUUUCUUACAGGAGAGAAGUCGGAGAUCUUCAUCAGGGUCUGAAACAGUCUGCAGUCUGCACAGUGAGAAACUCAAACUCUUCUGUCUGGACGAUCAACAGCUGGUGUGUGUGGUGUGUCGGGAUUCAAGAAAACACACCAACCAUAAAUUCUGCCCCAUUGACGAGGCAAUAACAGACUGUAAGGAGGAGCUCAAAACUGCUCUGAAGCCCCUACAGGAGAAACUGAAGAUCUUUAAAGACUUUAAACUAAACUGGAGUCGAACUGCAGAACAUAUAAAGAUACAGGCCCAACGUAUAGAGUGGCAGAUUAAGGAGGAGUUUGAGAAGCUUCACCAGUUCCUACGAGAUGAAGAGGCAGUCAGGAUCGCUGCACUGAGAGAGGAAGAGGAGCAGAAGAGUCAGAUGAUGAAGGAGAAGAUUGAGAAGCUGAGCAGAGAUAUUUCAUCUCUUUCAGACACAAUCAGAGCCAUAGAAGAGGAGAUGAGAGCUGAAGACAUGUCUUUCUUACAAAACUCCAAGGCCACAGUGAAAAGAACUCAGUGCACACUGCAGCAUCCAGAGGAGCUUUCAGGAGCACUGAUCCAUGUGGCAAAACAUCUGGCCAACCUGAAGUUCAGAGUCUGGGAGAAGAUGCAGCACACUGUCCAAUACAGUAAGACUCUCUUUCUUUCUUUGACCCCUGUAACUCUGGAUCCCAACACUGUUCAUCCUAACCUCAUUAUAUCUCAAGAUCUGACCAGUGUGAGAUUCAGUGAUGAGAAACAGAAACGUCCUGAGAACCCAGAGAGAUUUGAUAAAUGUUGCUGUAUCCUGGGCUAUGAGCGCUUUAACUCAGGGACACACUGCUGGUUUGUUGAAGUUGGAGAUUGUACAGACUGGGAAGUGGGUGUGAUGACAGAAUCUGUUCAAAGGAAGGGGAAUUUAAACUACAGAAGUGGAAUCUGGUAUGUGUGGUAUUAUGAAGGUAAAUAUAGAGCAGUUUCUACACCAGAUACAGAGACUCUCCUCUCAGUAGCACAGAAACUGCAGAAGAUCAGAGUGCAGCUGGACUGGAACAGAGGAAAGCUGUCAUUCUCCGACCCCCUCACUAACACACUCAUACACACUUUCACACACAGAUUUACUAAAACUUUACGGCCAUAUUUACGUGUUCUUGGUAAAGAAUCUCCUCUAAAGCUCCUCCCACUUCAGUGCUCUGUAAGAGUGAAUCAGAUCAAACGGAGCUGAUAUUGUUUUAUUCCACAGGGCGUCCGCAGGUCCUUAAAAAGUCUUAAUAUGUCUUAAAUUCCUUAAUGUAAAAAUAAGGUCUUAAUUAGCAUUAAAUUGUCUUAAAUUCACGUAAAGAUGCAACAGAACCGACACCGUAAAGAAGAUUUAGAUUUUAUUUUGUCUCGUUGCUUUUUGAAAUGGUAACGCCGUGUCAGUGUGUUGCGCUCAGAGUGUGUGCGUCUCAUAGGUGAUUUAGGCUAAAAAAAAACAAAACCCAAACAGCUACAAUUCUACACUUGUAUGACCUUAUGCUGUACACUGACUAUUAAGUUAUGGAAGCGGCCUUUUGAAAGUCGUUCAAAAUCUACAAAAUUAUUAGUGGGCUACAUAUAAAGUAACUAGCUGACAAAAAUUAUUUAGUCAUAAUACAUUUAUUGUAUUAACAAAAUAAUACUUUUUUUAAGGCACAGCAUAACACUUGAAGGAAGAAAUCCAUCCAUCCUGCAUAUUAACAUUUAUAAUUAACACGUGAUCUUCAACAGCAUCCAAGAUUUAUUUUGUAACAUAUUCUUCCACACGUCUUCCAACAAAUUAGCACCAGAAUCACUAAACACAUCACAAAUAUUUAAAUACCAACACAUUUAAGGUGUUUCAGGGUGCAGCAUUCUUUUAGAGUGACACGUGACAAUUCCAACUAAUUUGACUUCUUUUACACUCUUUCAGUGAGCACAGUGUGUGAAUUGGAUGGAGAGCUUAUAUUCUUAUAUUCUUAUCAGUUGGUAUAGAAUAGAAUAAGUAACAUCUGAAAACAAUAACUAGUACACAAAUACUUAAAUUUUACAUAAUGCAUAGUUAAAUAACUAAUUUACAUGAUACAUACAACACUUUACUUUUGACCGUGGAUGUUGGUACCAGGACGGCUGGUUUGAGGAUUUCAUAAACUGCUGAUCUCCUGGAAAUUUUCACAUACGUCGGUCUAUAGCUGUGCCCGAAACCGCUCCCUAUCUCCUAUAUUGUGUACUAUAUCGAGUGUCGGCCUUUUUGUAGUGGUGUCCGAAUUCUGAGUGAACAACUUCACUCUCUACAUUUGUUCACUCGAUUAUACCCACAAUGCACCAUGAUUUCGAGUGGACAUCUGAUGUACACUGGCCAACGCAGUAUUUCCCAUACUCAAAUGUGAGGCAGCGAAAAAACGUGAAAGAAAAUUAAACAUGACGGAUGGCAACACUGGAGGCGGCAAUUUGUACAAAUGUAAGUGUAACAUUGUUAGUUAAAACACAUCUGUAGCAUGAUAUUUUUAAGCGAAAUGAUAUAUUAUCGAUUGAUCGACAAAGGCACUUACUACUGUGAAUUUAAGUUAGUUACAAUGUAAAUUAAAUUCGCAACUGUACACAUCAAAUGAUAAUUUGGUGGAUUGUUCACAUUUAUUAGUAAAACAUGCAUGUACAGUAUUCACAUACAUAUUAGAAAAUAUUGUAUUGGUGACUUUUUAAUUGAUUUAGGGAUGGAUAAAGACAUUAGGCUUCUAAUAAUGAGCAGGAGUGCCAAUGGCCAUCUCUUCUCUGGGCACAGAAAAAUUUCAAGAUUAUUUGUUUUCAUGACUUACAACCCCAAUUCCAAAAAAGCUGGGACAAAGUGUACAAUGUAAAUAAAAACAAAAUGCAAUGAUUUGCAAAUGUCAUAACAACCCCUAUGUUACUCAAAAUAGAACAUAGAAAACAUAUCAAAUGUUUAAACAUACCAUUACGAGUAAAUGUACCGUUUUAAGAAAUAAAAUAAGGUAAUUUUGCAUUUGAUGGCCGCAACACUGCUCAAAAAAAAUUGGGACAGGGCAACAAAAGGCUGGAAAAGUAAGUGUUACUAAAAAGAAACAGCUGGAGGAACAUUUUUCAGCUAUUUUGGUUAAUUGGCAACAGUUCAGUAACAUAAUUAGGUAUAAAAAAGAGUAUCUUAGAGAGACAGAGUCUUCUUUUUAAUUAAAUUUAAAAUGCUGUUAGAAUUGAAUGCUUCUCAUGACUAGGUAGCCUAUAUACAGUUAUUAUGGAGCUACAUAUUUUGAUAUGAAAUGUAAGGUGUGAGAAGUGAUUCGCGCAUUUAGCUGUAAUUCCCUACAGAUCCACAGGAUGUAGCUAAUUCCCGCUGUCUCAAAAAUGUUGUGUAUAGCUCUACACAUGAAUCAGAGCUUGUGUGUAAGCCCUAGAGACUGUUGUAUGUGAAAAUCAGCUGGAGAUGAGCGGUUUAUGAAAUACUCAAACCAGCCUUUCCUGUACCAACAUCCAUGCCAUAAUCAAAGUCACAAAUAUCACACAUUUUCUUCUUUCUGAUGCUGCCAGAUGAUUGGCUCUUUAGAUAAUUGCGUACAGUCGCUCCUAAUAAAGUGGACGGUGACUGUAGAUAUUAGUGAUGGGAAGUUUGGAACAUUUUACUGACUCGGAUCUUUGAAAUGAACGACUCGAGCCUGAAGACUUAAGAGAUGAACUAAUCAUUUCUGUUUCCUGUACAGAACCUAUGGGGAUGUUGCAGCGCAUGCACGGUCAAAAAUGAACUAAUCACUCUCUUAGACAACUCGUUGUUCCAGAGUCAUUUUAAAGAUUCGUUCAAAAUGAACGAAUUGUUCGUGAACGACACAUCAUUACUCUGUUGAUUUGUGGCAGCUAUAACUACUAAUAAAUGCCAUAAACACUUGUAGUCACUCUUAA